AUGACAUCCACCACUAAGAUAGCGGAAUUACAGGAAUUAUUAAGCAUCGAGGACAGUGAAUUGGCAGAGGAUCUUCUCAGUCAGAGUGGCUGGAAUUUGCAGGGGGCUGUUGAGUGCUAUUUCGAUAGGCAGCAGAACCCACAGAGUACACAGAACACCCAGCAAUAUCCACCCAAUUCCUCUGUAGCUAAUGUUGGCUUAGGGGGCACGUCUCGAUUAAGUGCAUCUCCACUAUCUCCACUUUCUCUACUCUACAAUUUAUACCGCGGUUUGGUCUACCUGGCUGUGAAGAUACUAAGACUCCCAAUCUGGCUUUAUUCCUUUGUGUUCAACUAUAAUUCACUCAGCCAGCCACCUACUUACAUCUCCCCACAAGAUGCUAACUCUCUCCUCAUUUCGUCGAUAACCCAGGCGGUGAACAGCGUACAAGGGCCAUCUUCAACAACGACCGCACUUAGCAAUGCAGGCAACACAAAUACACCCACACAGCCAUCUCUUCCCGCUUUUUACACAGGCACUCCCUCAGAAGCCAUCAAAGAAGCGCGAAACACAGCUCAGUUUGGCAUAAUAGUCGUGAUAGACGGGAGUGAGACAAGCACCCAAUUCAAGCACUCAACGCUCGCCAACGCUCAUUUCGUAAGGCUGGUUGAAGAACACCAGUGUCUCGUUUACGUCGGUGAUGUCACUGUAGAUAAGCACGCGUAUGAGUACGCGACGGGGUGUAGUGUAGUUACAUCUGCAUUUCCUUACGUACAGCUUUACUCCCUCCAGGCACUCCCCACUCGUUCCAAUCCACUCGUCUCCACACCCACCAUGUCCCUUCUGGGCAGUGUGUCGGGCGGGGAUACGCUUGGCGACUCCUUCGUAAACUUUCUCUCUUCACGCUAUUUGAGGCGAGUGGGUGCGUAUCUAGGCAGAUUGCGUCUGGAGAAAUACGAGGCUCAGCGCAGAUCUUACCUUCAAGAAGCAGCGGAAAAAGAGGAGACUGAUCGUAUGCAGCGUGAUGCUGAGAGGGUUAUGCGCAGAAGGGAAGAGGUUGCACAAGAGAAGAGGCUGGCUGAGGUGGCUGCUCGAGAGAGGGAGAUAACCGAGUUGGAGAAUGUGCGCAGAGAAGCCGCGUUGGUUGAAUACAAGAGAUGGCUCAAGGGAACGCUCCCAAAUGAGCCCCCUAACGGCAUCAAAUUGGCUUUUAAAUUGCCUGAUGGAAGGAGAAUUGUACGCGGUUUUGCUCCACAAACACCCCUCCACACCCUCUACACUUAUAUCGAUACCAUUGACGUGGAACAUGCAUCAAACACACCGCAUCCACCACUUACAGACUACUCGCCUCAAUUCAACCUCUUCACUAGCUAUCCUAGGAGGCUUAUACCAGAUGAUAUGGAUAGAAUGGUUGAGGAUAUCGACGUGUUGUCUAAGGGUGGAUCUGUGGCAGUAGAAAGCACAGUCACAUGCGAUGAUAGUGAGGAGAGCGAUGGUGAUGAGGAGGAUUAA